AUGUCGUCCAACACAGAUGCGCCCGUGGUCACCGGCGACAAGGACGCCUCGGCAGACGAGAUCGCCGCUGCCCCCGAGGCCGUCCAGAUGACUGACGAGGAGGAGAUGGGUGCUGCCUCCGACAAGGACCAAAGCGACUCUGGCAAACUCAAGACCCUCAUGGGUAUCCUCAAGCGCAUGGUCGGUGUCAAGGACAUUGCCGCCAUCCGUCUCUCGCUUCCCGCUAAUCUCCUCGAACCUGUCCCCAACCUGGAAUACUGGAACUAUCUCGACCGUGGUGACUUUUUCACCCUUGUCGCUGACCUUGACGAUCCACUCGAUCGUAUGCUCGCCGUGCUCCGCUUCACCUUCACUAAAGAACUCAAGUACGUCAAAGGCAAGAUCUGCAAGCCAUACAACUCGAUUCUUGGAGAACACUUCCGCUGCCACUGGGACUUCGACCCUGUCAAGUUCGGCGACUCGCACGUCCUCCCCGUACAGACGAUUGCCACCGACAGUCCCGAGCCGUUGCCGCUCAUCUCUACACAGGCUCGCACACCCACCUUGUCUGCCAAGAAAAGCAGCGCUCCCCCCUCUCCUAUGGUGCAGCCGCAGGACAAGGCCUCGCGGCCUGCCUCGAUCAAGGGCGACAGCUCUGAGAGCUCCUCCAACAAUCCGGCCUCUGCCGCCAAGAAGGGCCUCUCCAAGCUGCUCGGUCGCAAGAAGAGCACCAAAGAUGCAAAAGAAUCCUUCGAGACGCAACCUUCCACCGCUGCGUCAUCCACCGCCGCGGACCACGACGACGACGCUACCGCCACCUCGUCCGUUUCCGGCGCCAACACACAGCCGGCUGGCAAGCGACGACUCGUCUUCCUCACCGAGCAGGUGAGCCAUCAUCCACCCGUUUCGUCCUUCUUCUGCGAAGCCAGGGAUGCGGGUGUGCAGCUAUGCGGCGUCGAUCAGCUCGGCGCCAAGUUCACGGGUACCAACGUCAAAGUCUUCCCUGGCGAGCAAAACAAGGGCAUCUUCCUGAGUCUCACCGACAAGGCCAAGUGCGGUGCCGUGGGCGAGGAGUACCAGAUCACGCACCCGACUGCAUCGAUCAACGGUCUCCUCCGCGGUAGUCUGUGGGUGGCCAUCUGCGAUUCGCUCUACGUCACAUGUCGUGGGGGCAAGCGGGACGACGACGGCACGCGAUUGCGUGCGAUCGUCGAGUACAAGGACGAGAGCUGGAUCUCCAAGGCCAAGUACGCACUCGAGGGUGCCAUCUACUCGUACGGCCCCAACGACGAUCCGGAGGAAUACACGACGGUGAAGCAGAUCCCCUCCGACCGGGUCGUUGCGACGUUCGAAGGGUGCUGGAAGGGCAAGAUUACGUACAAGCGGAAGGGGGAGAAGGAAUCGCGUCUGCUGCUCAACGUCAACGAUGUUGAUCCGAUUGCGAAGGCGGUGCGACCGCUGGGAGCGCAGGACGAGAUGGAGAGCCGUAGGAUUUGGGAGCCCGUCACCAACGCCAUCUUGGGCAAGAAGUUCAGCGAGGCUACCAAGGCCAAACAGGAGAUCGAGCAGAAACAGCGCAAUGUCGCGGCGGAACGCAAGAGGAAGGGCGAAGAUUUCGUACCGAGGUUCUUCGACGCGGACAUUUCGGAUGGACGACCCAAGCUCACGGAGGAAGGACGUAAAGCGGUGGAUGGAGAGUACGAGCUGGCGGGAUACGAUGCGUCGGCAAAGGAGAGCGAUCCAGUCGCAACCGAGGAUGACGAUGAGGACGAGUUCCAGGACGCCCCACAGGCUUGA